CGAACUAUCAUUGAAGUGAUGAAAGUGCAAGAAACGUAGACGAGACAACGACGACAGCGCGACGACGUUGAAAUCAAUCGAAAGAGAAAAUUUUUAUUUGACCAACACUCAUGAAAAAGUGCUUAAAAAUCGGCAAUAACGCGUUUGCGGAAAUUGAAAAACUUUAAUAAAUUGGAAAAGUGCAAAAAAUCGUUUCGAGAUUUUUGUGGACGUGUAAAAUUUCAGUGUCGUCGUUGCGGCAGGUGCGCUGGAACGUCGCGAGGUGCGCCGUCGUCGAAAUCGAAACCAAAAACGUUGACAAAGCAUCGAAAUAAUUCCGUGUAUGGAAAAUAACCCCAAAAAUCUAUGAAAUCGAAUAAAAAUUAGUGUUCUAGGUUAGACCGUGGGUGCACAUACAAAAUUUCCUUUUCUUUUAUACAACGCGUAUGCGUUUGCUAAAGUGAGUGUAGUAACAGCGUACAGACGCAAUAAAUCUUGGUAUGUAAAAAAAAAACAACAAAAAAUAUAGUGAAAAUUGCAACAGUUUCGCCACAGGCAGCAACAGCGCCAACACACGCCACCACCACCACCACAGCGCAUGAUGACCGUCGCCCCAGCCCCCUAUUCAAUUCUCUUAUGUUCCAUUCGCAGUCGAUGGCGUCGACGUCAGAUACUGAGACGUCAAUGACGUCGACGCGCGCGCUGCUGGGAGUUGUUGGUAGUAGGUUGCAAUUUUAUUUCUUUCAAUUCCUCUUUUCUACUUUGCCAUUACUUUUCUUCGGUGAAAAGUGGUCAACAGGCCAUAUGCUUGUGGGGGUGGUAUUGGUGACAGCUGAGUGGCGACACUGCCUACCAAUGCUGUUGCUGUGGGCUGAUGUCGUUAUUGUUGUUGUAGCGGCUGUAACGGCGUGGCAUACCUUUCAUAUUUGUCGCACGCAUUGCGUUACUGCGGAUUUUCGAUUUGUGAAAGCCGGAGGAAUGCAAAGGCCGUAAAUGCAAACAUAUGUUCCGGGAGCUGCAGUACGAGGAAAAGAAGAAUAUGUACCAGGAGACAUAAAAAAUUAAAAAUCUCAAUCUUUUCGGAUGUGCAAAAAUCACUAUAAUGGAAUGCUAAAAAAUUUCGUCUUAAAAAUCACAAGUUUACUCUGUCAGAAAUUAGCAUACAUAUGUACAUUAUGUACUUAACCAACUUGUGGGAUGAGUUAUAUAUUGAGUCAGCAUAAGCUGCAGUUCGUAGUGAAUCGCAAAGUUUCCCAUUUAUUAGGAAUCAAAAUAAUUAAAAACAAAAUGUGUGCUAAGUGUAGUGCGUAUCGCCAGCUGAUUUGAAAAGCAGAGGUGCUGGGCGUUAGAAACUCGCGCCUGGUAGUGUGCAAUCCACUAUUUUUUUAAUUUUAAGUGUAAAUAUUAUAUUUUUUCGUACGUGAGCGUGUGUGUGCAAUUCCGUAUUGCACCAUAAACCGAAAAAAUUCCGAAGUCAUCGGGCACCACCACGUUACAGCGUCUCAAGGCCAAAGCUGCAGGUGGUAGCGUGAAACGCAGUCGAACAGGCAGUGCAGCGGCUGGGGCAACAGUAACAGCGAGUAAUAGUAGCAGUGGGGGUGUUGGAGGAAGUGGUCGUUCAGCAGGCGGCCGUAAAUUUACAACAGGCAGUGUACAGCAAUUGCAACGAAGUGGCGGCGGUGCUGGACAGUGGGCAGCAGCGGCGGCGGCGACGACGACGACGACGACGAGUGGUGCAGGUCCUGGCGGUGGCAGCGGCGGAAAAUCCUAUACAACGUCGCCCAACUCGAUAUUUCAGGCUGAACAGGAACCGGCGUAUUUGCAUGGUUUUCAAUCGCCAAAUUACAACACCACAACUGCAACAACAACACCCACAAAAUCAUCAUAUCAACAAAAACAACAGCAACAACAACACCAGUCCAAUAACAACAAUUACAACUACAACUAUAACAACCAACACAACAACAACAGUAACACCAGUGCCAAUUAUACAAAUUAUUCAACAUACGCCAAUACAACAUUAUCGUCAUCGUCACAUACAAAAACCACAGCGCCUCAUACCAAACUCUCAACGGCUCCAGCUGGUUCAACGUCGACAACGACGACGAUGAUGAUGACCAAACAUAAAAGUUCGCUCGCCGAGCGCCUAAAUAUUGGCGAGGAAGUGCGCGAAUUAAAGCUUGGCUGCACAUUUAAUACGAAAAAUACAACGACCGCCUUUCACACGAUAAAAUAUGACUUUAAGCCAGCGAGUGUAGACAAAAGUAAAGUAGCUACUGUGGACGUCGGCUCCAACAAUCAAGUUACUGUUACCGUGCCAAAUCUAGUAAGUUCCGGUGUGCCUCAUACAGUUUAUAAGGGAAAUCACAGAAAAUACACAAAAGAAUGUUUGUUGAUUUAUGAUCGAAAAACCGGUGGUAUUACGUUCGAGAAAUUAAAUCACAAUAUACAAGUGAAAAAGACUAGGAGUGAAAUGACAAACAAGCCAAGUGCGUUAGCAGCUAAUGCAAACGUGCCAGCACCUCAGCAAAAAAUGGAGAAUAGCACGAUGCGCAUCUCAUCGAAGACGAAAGUGUCGACAGGGAGUCGACGGAAUAAUAUAAUUGAUUUUAAGCCAAGAAACUCGCCAUCCGCGUCAGCUUCACCGUCUGCACCGCCAUCCAUACACAAAAGUCCACAAUCAGCUCCGGCCUGGAACGCGCACAAUACUCAAGCCACGUUGCCUAGCAUUCCAAUGAUCUUUGAUGACGAUGAUGAUGGCAUGUUUGGUCUGUCCUCUGCCGCUGGUAAUAGUCACACGCACGGUGGUGGUUGUGGUAGUGGCAGUGAUGCGGCGAAUAUAUCCACAUCGUCCUCGGCGUCGAGUCAUAAUAAUUCGGCGCAUGAAUAUCUUAUGCAGCAGCAACAACAGCAGCAGCACCAUCAACAACCCUCUCCGACAAAGCAGUCUAAGCAAUCGCAUCGUAACAAUCAAAAACGGCACAAUAAUCUUAGUUCGGCGGCGACAGCGGCAUUGACAAGUGCGUCUACGACGACGGCGACGACGACGACUGCGGCGACGGCGCAUAGUCGUAGCGGCAAGCAAACAAAACACAAUCGCAUGGAGCAACGCACUUCCUCGCCGCAAAACUUUGCACAGCAACAACAAAGGCAACAACAGCACAAUCACUAUCAGCAGCAACAGCAACAGCACCAGCAAUCAAGCAACAAUCGCAUGUACUCUUCCUCCUCAAACACCACAUCCUCAGCUCAUUUGUCCAAUGGUGGCAUUGCUGGCUAUCACAGCAGCAGCAACAAUCUACCUAUGGGCAAUCAUACGGGCAGCAAUCAUAUAAUGCAACAGCAGCAUCAGAUGCAACAGCAGCAGCACAUGCCAGGCAUGGCAUCGCCAAACGAUGAAAUGGCCAAUGCGGCGGCGCAGCUAGAGCAGCAAAUUCUCGGCCUCAGCUCAUCCAGUUCGAGUUCUGGUUCUGAUUCGAGCGGCAGUGAUAGUGGCAGUGACUCAGACGAUAGCAGUGAUGAUGAUGUUGGCGCUGGCAAUCAGCAACAACAGCAGCAGCAUCAAAUGCAUCAGUUGCCAAAUCUAAUGUCAGCGCUUCCGCCAAUGACUGCAGCUGCGCCACAACAACAUAAUCGCAAUACACACACGUCUGGCUAUGCGUCGUCCAACAGCAAUAACCACAUGAAUAGCCACAACAGCAAUAAUGGUGCAUUUACAAGUGAUCUGCUGCAAAACGAUCUACAACUGUCCUCAAAUUCUUCCGAUGACGACGAUGAUUAGUGGGCAUGCAUGCUAGAGAUAUGUAUGUGUGUACAUACGCGCUACAUUUGCACACAAAAACAUACAUACAUAUAGUAUGAAAAAAAAACUGAAACUUACAUACACAUAGAAUUGUGCAGCUGUUUUUAUUUUUGAAAUUGUUUAUUUAGCUGUGUGUGGGUUGUGUACUAUUUAAAGCGUAUUUAUACAUAUACUCUAGCUAUAUAAUUAUUCUUUAUAGUUUAGGCAACUAAUUUUCUUUAGGAAUUUUUAAAUAAAAUAAUUAUUUUUAAAUAAAAUAAUAAUUAUUUUUUGUUUUAAUGAGAAUUUAAAUUUAUGAAUCGCCUGCAUAAAAAAACAAAGUUGUACUCUUUUGUUGCUAAGCUUCAAAUCGCUGAAUUUGUUUAUAAUUUUCCUGUUGUAAUAUAAGCAUAAGAAACGCGAAAACGUGCAAGAGAGUAAGAAGGGGGCGAAACGAGGGUUAGGGAAGAAAAUUUAAUACUAGUAAAAUUGAAAACUUAUUAAAUAAUGCUACAUUAAGUACGUAUGUACUAAUUAAAUAAUAAAAAAAAAAACAAUGUGAAUUUUUUUUUGUAAAAAGCAGCGCUUUAAGUGAUGAGCAUAACUGAAAUUAGUAAAUAAAUACAAAACACGAAAAUACGCAUAUAGAAAACUAAGGGAACUUGAAGAGCGUGCCGAAGGAAAUGCGUAAGGCUUAAAAAAGGGAAAAUUGAAAUAGAAUAGUUGAAAACAUAGCAAAAUAGCAUUAACAUAUGGAAAAUGCAUACAAACGAAUGAAAUUGCCAAUUUGUAUAUUUAAAUAAUUUUUUGUCAUUUAUUUUUCUAUUAAAUAAGUAAAUAAGUUUAGUUAAAUAAUGAAGUGAGAUAGUAUAGUAUGGAGUAUGUUAAUACGAAAAAUGUGUGAGAAUAAGUCAAAACAAAAAUACGUAGUAAACGAAAACAAUGAACAGCAAAUAUGCAAUCAGCAAUUGUGAAAAAUUAAUGAAACGAGAUUUAUAACAAAAAUAUAAAAAUAAAAUAUAAAAGGGCAAAUAAGCGUACUUUAAUAAAAUACGUACACACAACCGUAUGUAUGCGUAUUACCAUUAUAUGUAUGUAUAUGUAAUAUGCACGAUAAAACAACUGCAACAUAAAGUUGGCUAAAACCGAGAUUUUGUAAAAUGUAUACAAGUAAUUUAUUUUUAUAGUUUUCGUCCUAAAAUUAUUAAUUAACACUAUAGUUUACUACGUUUUAGCACUGAAUAUAAAAUUUCACUGCUCUUAAAAUAUCUGGAAAAAAGUGAUUGCUGCACACGUGUGAUAUGCGUUGGAAUUUGCUUUCGAAUUGUCAAUAUUCAGCCUUAUCACGAGUUUCAUUUUCGCCCGGCAUCGUUCACUUUUCUCUUUCCGCUUACGGGCGGAUGAAAAAAUUUCGGCUGAAUUUGUUUUCGGGCGAAACUCAGGAGAAGGCUGAUUAUUUUUAUGAAGAAGAGGAGGCCACUAAAAUAGUUAAGUUGAAAAAACCUUAUUCCGCAAAAAUAUUUCUUACAAUCUUUCGACAGUUCAAAAAACCUUUCGCAAUUUUCACGAGAUUUCGUGCUUUUUGCCAGCCUUUGCCUUAACACCCCUAAUGCGUGGAGUAAAAAGUGAUUGCAUUUGUUUGAAAGAAGAACUGGAAUUUUCGCCCAAGUGUUUGCUGUUUCACUUCUGUGAAAACUUACGCCAGACAGCCAGUAGCCCCCCAGGCUAUGUGUGCUAAAUGUACGUGUGUAUUUUGCCUGGCACUGCUCUAGAUGAACGUCAGUGCCAAAACUGGUUCAAAAAAAUUCGAUGUCUAUUGAAACUUGAAGAACACUUGUUUUUUUUAUGAUAUUUGGUAAUUCCAUGUGCUUACAACAAAGUGGAAAGCCAAUGGUUUUGGUUCCGACGUGCAUAUGCGCCUUAAGCGCAAAGCAGAACUUGAUCAAAGAAAGGUUAUGCACUAAGUGCGAAGCGAUGUGAAGGACGUAAUCUUUUUUGAACUCCUACCAAAGAACCGAAUAAUCAAUUCCGAUGAAUACUGCCGGAAAAUUGGACAGUUUGAAUGAAUCUGUCGUCCAGAAACAUCUGUAGCUUGUCUAUCGUAAAGGAGUUGAGUUUCUCAGCUGCAUUUUAGAGAUAAAUACAAAAAUGUUCUUUAUAAAUAAAGCUGCGUAAAGCUGUUACAAAGCCUUCAAGAAUGUAGAGAAUCUCGUAUGUUUUGCUGAACCGUUACAUUUUUUUCACGAUUAAAUUGUAUCCGUUUAAUGGAAACAACAUGAAAUUCAAAGGAGCUCAAAUAAAUUACCUACAACCCGAGCAAAAAAAUUAAACUAUUGAGCAAAUUUCUUCAAGUAUUCACGAUAGUUAUAAUGCAGUUUUAAGAAAAAAAAA